CUUCAACUUCACAUUCAUAAGAAAACACAACCUGUAUAUGAGGAGGAAGACAUUUGUUUUCUUAACGUCCUUCUUAUAAUUUUUUUGCUUGCUUUAUAAUUUCCUGUAUCUUUUGGUUCUAUUCAUCUCAAUAUCUCUACAAAAGAUUUAUUCAUGUCUUUUGCUUAAAAACGGAUCCUUAUUGUUGAUAUAGGUGUUCGAGCAUCUGCUUUUUUUUUUCUUUAAUAUCUUAUAUCCAAGAAUUUAUUCGCACUCUCCUUUCUUCCUACUGGCAGCAUGUCAAAGCAUCAAGCAAAUUCCAUUCUCCGCAAGUUUGCAGCACAAGCAAAAAAACCAUGGGUGGGAAUGCCUUCUUGGUACAGCGCCGUUGCUAAAUAUCCCCCUGUUAGUCAGUAUUUGAAACGAAUUACUCCGCUCUACUCGUCGAAAGCUCGAAAAGGAAAAAAUGGCAAUAAGGAAAUGCAUCACCCACAGUCCAUUCACUGGCCUGAAGACAGACUUCGUAAGAAAUUUUACCAAGACCACCCAUGGGAACUAGCUAGACCUCAAAUUAUUGCUGAAAAUGAUGGUAAUGAUCAUCUUUAUUGUGAUUGGAGUCAACCAGAUCAACCCAGAAAAGCGCUUUCGGGUGAAAACGUCGUCCAACGAACUAUGUGGUUAACGCAAUAUAAAAAAAUGGAUGUGCAAAGUGCUUACGAUGAAGCUAGGCAAGAAUUUUACAAGUUGAGAGCCAAACAAGAGAUUCAACAACGUAUAGCUCACGAUCAAGCACAAGCAUUGGGUGCUGUCUUCACAAAAUCAGAUCUUGAGCUCGGUCAUGAACUUGAUCAAGCUGUCUUAAACGAUUGGUUUGAAAAAGCCUCACAACGUUCUGAAGUAUUCCGAUCAAAAAAUACAGAUCCUGUAAUUGAUAUUUCAUCCACCUCCCCAGACUUACAAUCUAAACCAUAAUAAGUGGUUUAAAAUUUAUUACUCCUGCUAAUAACCAUUUAAUUAUGACUCACUUAUUGCAAUCUAUUCUAUAAUAUAUUCUCGUCGUAAAAUAAAUCAAGUAGUCGCCCC